ACCGUUUAUAGCGUCAAGUGAAUCGCAUGAUCUCAUCUACAAGAUCUUAACCUAACCUAACCUAUUCAGUCUUUCACCUUUGACGAUCAUCAAAAUUAUUAUUAUUUCGUUUAUGGCCGCGCGUGAAAGUUCGAAUGAGCAGUGUAUUUUUUUUAGAAGAUUGUUAAAUUUAGAUACAUAAUAAUAUUUUUUUAGAAUAUUAGCGUAGGAGUCGUGCAUAGAAUAAAGAACAUUCGACAUGAAAUGCGUUAUACCCGGCGGAAAUGUCAAAAUCUUAGCAAGGGCAAUACAUACACUAGCAAAGAUUGGCGACGAGAUAUAUGUAAAUCCACAAAAAGAAUCCAUCUCUUUUCGCACAGUCAACAUGGCAAAAUCAGCGUAUUCCGACUUCACUUUCCACAAAAGUUUUUUCUCCUACUAUACUCUUGGCAAUCUCGAAGAAGAAGAAGCUCAGAAGUGUAAAAUUUCAAUGAGGAGUGCAAUGACGGUUUUUAAAUCUGCGCACACAAUAGACAAGCAAGUGGAGACCUGUCACAUUCAAUUGGAGAUAGAUGCUUGCAAUCUAGUGUUUAUAUUUAAAUACAAAAAUGGUAUUAACAAGUCUCACCUGACGCCAAUUUUGGAUACUGAAAAGUUACAAGCAUCGUACACUAUGGCUGGUAUGUCCAACGAAUUGAUGUCACGGGCUCGAACGUUAACGGAUGCUCUGCAAAACUUUCCGCUAAAUCUGAUCGAGAUAACACUCGAGAUAACGCCACACAAGUUAUUAUUUAGGAACUAUGUAGAUGAUACAUCAGUCAUGGUAAAUACGACACGUACUCAGCUGGCCCUUGGUAUCGGAGAGUUUGAUCGCUAUACGAUUGGCAAUGAGACAAGUGUCACGUUUUGUUUGAAAGAGGUCAGAGCAUUACUUGUCUUCAGUGAAAGCGUGGGUGUCCCAAUUACUGCGAAUUUUGGAACAGCAGGAAGACCAAUGUUAUUUACGCUGAAGAGUCAAGCUUUUGAGGCAAACAUGUUGUUAUCAACGCUAAGCCCAGACUGUGACAAUCAGUCAGAUUCGUCGGUUGUCAGCAGAAAAAUGCGAAGAAAAAAUGCUUCAAGAAGUAAAUCUAAAAGCGUCAACAAAUCCUCCAAUCGACCAAAGAAAUCUAUCAAAUCUCAAAUCAAUGAUACGAAAAAUAAAUCGGUAGAAGAAAGAAAUUUGCCGGAUGAAACCCGCAAUCAAAACGGAAAUACUUCCAUGAACAUUUCUGUAAAAGCGAAAAAUACUAUAAAUGAUAUUCCCAAAAACAAUUUGCAUAUACAAGAGCAGAGUUGUCACUCUGUCGAAUUUAGUCCUGCCAGCACAUUCUCAGCAAAUAGAAAUAUUCCGAAAGACCAACGGAAACCGAUAAGUUCAGUAUUUUCCAGCACCAUGAAGAGGAAAUCGACGGAUGACGAGAAUUGUCAAAAAAAAGAAAUUGAAGAUUGCGUUGACUUCGAAGAAAACGUGCCACAGUCACCACCGCCACGUCAAGUGCCUAAGAAAGCAAAACUAGUGUUCCAGAAAUUCCUGCAGAAUACAUUUGAUCCGCGGACACUACCUGGUCAUGAAACUAUUUUGGUAGAAGAUUCCGAUGGAAAUGAUAGUGAUUAAGUAUUAUCUUGCGAAAUUUGAGUAAAAAUGUAAAAAUGUAAAAAUGUAAAUAAAGAGUUUUUAUAGAAAAAA